AUGUUCAGAUGUGUUGCGAGUCGGAGUUUUUCCACAACUUCUAAAUUUUAUAACAAGGUCGGUUUUUCUUUGAUUAACGCUUUGAAGUCAAUUUCCAAUAAAAUAUAAAUUAUUCUAGGAUGUUUUCAUCGUCGGAGCUGCCCGAACACCAAUCGGUUCAUUCCGAUCAUCUCUCGCAAGUGUUCCAGCAACCGAAUUAGGAAGUAUUGCGAUCAAAGCGGCUCUUGAGCGUGGUUCGAUUAAGCCAAGUUCAGUGCAAGAAGUUUUCAUCGGACAAGUUUGUCAAGCAAAUGCUGGACAAGCUCCAGCAAGACAGGCAUCACUUGGAGCUGGUGAGUGCUUUUUCAUGAUUUCGUUGUCAAAAAUGAAGAAUUCAACUCUGAAAAAAGAGUUAUGACGUGGCAAAAUUGGAAAAUUGUGAAAAAUCGGGUUUUUACAAUGAUAAUUAACUUACUAUCAGGAAAACCUGAUAUUUCCUAAUUUUGCCACGUCAUAAGUCAUAUUAGGAUCGAUAUAAUGCUGCUUAAAAAUUUUCAGUUCAUUUCAUAAAAGGUCUAUUUGCUAAUUUCAAAAAUGGUGUUUUCAUAAAAUGUCAAGUCUAGUGAAUAUUGGCUAUAUUUUUGUUUAUAUAAAAUUGCAGCCAAUUAUUCCAGUUCCAUCUCUUCCAUCUCCUCCAUUGUUAUUUUUCAUUCUCCAUACAUUUUUCAGGUCUCGAUCUUGGAGUUGCUGUAACCACAGUCAAUAAAGUAUGUUCAUCUGGUUUGAAAGCAAUCAUGUUGGCUGCGCAACAAAUUCAAACUGGCCAUCAAAAUGUCGCGAUUGGUGGUGGAAUGGAAAGCAUGUCCCAAGUACCAUUUUAUGUUCCACGUGGCGAUAUUCCAUAUGGUGGACAACAAAUCAUUGAUGGAAUUGUGAAGGAUGGUUUGACUGAUGCUUAUGAUAAAAUUCAUAUGGGAAAUUGUGGAGAGAAAACAUCGAAAGAAUUAGGAAUUUCGAGACAGGAUCAAGAUAAUUAUGCGAUUUCGAGUUACAAGAAAACUGCUCAAGCAUGGAAGGUUUGAUAUUUUUAAAGAGGUUUUGAUCGAUGAAUUAAGAAUGUUUCAGGAUGGAAAUAUUGGCGCUGAAGUUACUCCAGUCAAUGUAAAAUCAAGAAAAGGUGUUACUGUUGUUGACAAAGAUGAAGAGUUUACCAAAGUAAAUUUCGAGAAAUUCACCUCGCUCAAAACAGUCUUCCAAAAAGGUAAUUUUAAAAAUUAGGAGAAGGAACGGGAUGAUAAAUAAAAUCAGUUUUAAAUUUUAAAUUUCAUACGUGAUUCAAAAACCCUCGGAAACCUAAGUCCUAAAUGUUUAUGAAAACAUUUACCGAAAUUAGAUAAUAUUUUGUUUAUUAUUGAUUUUUUUUGCUCCCAAAGUAGCAAAUCUAAAUCAUUUUUUUUCCAGACGGAACUAUCACCGCUGCCAAUGCUUCAACUCUCAAUGACGGAGCUGGAGCCGUUGUUGUCGCAUCACAAGAAGCUGUUAGUGAACAAAAUCUCAAACCAUUGGCCAAAAUUCUUGCAUACGGAGAUGCGGCAACAAAUCCACUCGAUUUUGCUGUUGCACCAACUUUGAUGUUCCCAAAAAUUUUGGAAAGAGCUGGAGUUAAAGCUGGAGAUGUUGCUCAAUGGGAAGUUAAUGAAGCAUUCUCGUGUGUUCCACUCGCUUUUAUCAAAAAGGUUGGUUUUUUAUCAUUUGAUUUUUGAACAUUCUCUGAUCGGAUUCAAAGAAUAUUAUUUUCAAUUAAAAAAUGAAAAUGCUCUAGCAAAAAUUACUAGAAAAUCACAUAUUUCAAAAAAUUAAAUUAUCAAAUUGUUUUCAUUUAUCAAGAGAAGUAUUCGUUCUUUUAUCUCAAAAGGAUUGCUCAUUUUAAACACUACGACUAGUUUUAGCGUUAUUUAAAAUUCGUUUUUUGAACAGCGAAGACUUCCGAUUUUUCCCAUCCAUUAUCAAUAAAAUAAUUGGACCACUGUCAAAAAAUUCACAAAUAUAUUUCUUUUGAAUUUUACUCACCAAAUGAUUUCAAAAUCUUUACAAAGUUGAUUCAAAAACAAUCCAAUUUCCGCCUGAACUGAAUUCAUAUUUUCGAGAUAUUCUGGGCUCACCAGAAUUACAAAAAACGAUAAGAAAAUUGCUAAAGUCGAGCUAAUUGACAUAACAAUUGUGGAGAUUGUCAUUAUUUUUUGCAUUUUCUCCAUAUUCCCAGAAAGUUUUGAUAGUUUUCGGAUUAUAAGAAUAUUCGAAAUGAUUACAAAAGGAACUCCAGAGAUUAUGAAAAGUAGUCGAAAAUAUGACGUACGGAAAUAUGUAACAGUGUGCAUAUAAGUAACCUGGCCUUGAUUGAAAUAUGUAUAAGCAUAUGAGGGCCCAGUUAAAGUUGGAGUAGAAGAAAUGAUUGAAAUUAUUAUUUGAGCGAUGAUGAAAUGGUGAAUAUGCCGUUUCCAAAACUUCAAACAUUUUUUGAGAUGUUCUGAAAACUGCUGAACUUACAUGAGAAUGUAUUAUAGGCAUCAUAACACUGGUUAACCGAUUAGCGCAUAGCAAAAACAUUGAUAAAAUUUUCAUGAAUUGAAAAAACAUGAAUAAAAAGAAAUAGGGAGUUAGAAACCAUGUGGGCUCUUUGAAAUUUUUCUAACAUAAAUUUGCAAAAUGGAGUAAUAAACGUCAUCAAUCGCAUGAUUGCAAAAUCAAUCAAGACGUAACAAAAUGACUGAAAUUUUCUUGUCUAUAUAAAAAUCCAGAGUUAUAUUGUAACCUACAGAAAUCCCUUCCACCAAAUAGAUAAUGAAAAAUGGUUCGGAGAAAGUUUUUGAUUUUUUGGAAUUUAUGAUAAAAAAUCUGGUGUAGAUCAAAAUAAAUGGGAAAAUGUAGCAGAGUUGGAAGAUGAGAUUUAGAAUUUUCCAUGAGUUUGAUGGCGAACAGGAACUUUUACUGUUCAAGUAAUCCAUUCUAGUUUAGAACUGAAAUACAAGAAAACCAAAAGUCCUACCAACAAAUUAUGAAGAAUUUGUAGGAUAAUUAUGGGAAAUUUUGAAAAUGUUGAUUCUCACGAUCAGAGUGAAGUUUCUGAUGUCAAAAACCUGUACUUUGAAAUUUUUGAAAAAAAAUUUAACUGUAGGAAAAAGGAAAUAUCAUGUUCUCAGCUGUGAUUAUUGAACGUUCUUUAAAUUGUUGUCAGAGGGUUCAAAAACUCUUUUUUUCUCAAUUCUAAUGAAUUGAAAAUAAACGGAAGCUUAUAGAAAACUUACAAAGUUAAUUUCAUAUAAGUUUUCAAAUAACUACAUAAAAGUUCAAAAUUUCAACACGUGUUCAAUAUUUUGAAAUAAAUUUUCAAAAUAUAUAUCUUCAAUCCUAACAAUUUCAAAAAAAUUCGAAAAAUUGUUGUAUCUCAGCUCGGUGUCAAUCCAGAACUUGUCAACCCACAUGGUGGUGCUGUUUCAAUUGGUCACCCGAUCGGGUAAGCGCUUUUUGAGUUCUUAUCACCUAUUUAUAUAUUUUUUCCUUACAUUUCAUUUUUUCCCCAUAUUUAUUUAUAUUGUUCAGAAUGUCGGGUGCUCGCCUAAUCAUUCAUCUUGUUCACACACUCAAAUCAGGUCAAAUCGGAGUUGCUGCUAUUUGUAAUGGAGGUGGCGGUGCCAGUGGAAUGGUUAUUCAAAAAUUGUGA